AUGGAGUACGCUUACUCCCGCGAAUACACGGUCCCUGCGCUGUCCAAGUACAAGCAGAGCAGCACCUCCCACGUCUUCAAGGAAGAGAACGGGGAUGAUGUUACACCUGGCUCUGAGAGCGGUGGUGUUGCCGUCAACGUACCCACAAAGUCGAGAGUCUCGAUCGCGAAGAGCAGCACCCGACUGGAAAAUCAGCACCGCAAACCGAGUCCUGAGCAAAACGCCCAACAGCCCGAAAUAUCGUCCUUGUCCAUGUGGAUUAGAAGUGUUUCGCAAGACUCGCAAUCCCAACAGCACGCAAGCGCUCAAUACAAAUUCUGCGAGGAGCAUUUCCCCAUUCACUCUGGAAUCUCUGAAGUACCAUCCGAAGACUGGCUUGAGGACGUCAAGCAGCAACAUCGGACAGGCUACAAGGAAGUCUUUCUCGCGCAUGCCAAGCUAUAUCUCGUUGCAAACAAGUACGAGAUUAUCGAACUCAAGGACCUCUGCUUGCGCAAAUUUCGUCAAAGCCUGCUGCAUGCACCCGGUACGGAUGAGAUGCUGCGGGCCACAGCUGAUACCAUUCGGCACGUUUACUCAAACACUACAUCGCGAGAUGAUGGUCUCCGAAAACUACUCCUGCGUUUCUGUCUCACUGAUAUGGAGUGGAUGAUGAGGGAUAAGGAUCUGGAGCCCGUGCUCGAGAGUGUCCCCGGCUUCGCCAUUGAUCUGUUUCGCGAGAUUCCUCAUGACUACUGGAGAGAAAUCAGAGAUGGAGGAUCUACCUGA